GCGGCCGUCCAUAUUUCUGGUCUGCGCUGGCAAGCAUCUCAACAACUCUCUCCUUCUCCUUCUCCUCCUCCACGUCAACCCGCUCAUUGCUUGUGGCGACGGCGGGACCGUAAAUAUCCGCCCGCGAUGGCCCAACACACAAACGGCGACUCCAUCCUCUCCAAGCUUGACGCUGCCGUCCCGCUCGCCAAGUUUGACGCCUUCCCCAAGCUCCCCUCCUCCUACAAAUCCCGUUCCGAGUCGCGCGGCUUCCUCACCAUAUUCGUCGGCUUCCUCUGCUUCUUGCUAAUCUUGAAUGAUCUCAGCGAGUACAUCUGGGGAUGGCCCGACUAUGAGUUUGGUGUGGAUAAGCAGUCGAAAAGCUUCAUGGACGUGAACGUGGAUAUGGUCGUCAAUAUGCCGUGCCAAUUUCUCAGUGUGGAUCUUCGGGACGUCUCGGGCGAUCGUCUCUACCUCAGCAAGGGUUUCCGUCGUGACGGCACCCUCUUUGAUAUCGGCCAAGCCACUUCCCUCAAAGAACACGCCAAGAUGCUGUCCGCUCAGCAGGCUGUUUCCCAGUCUCGCAAGUCCCGUGGUUUCUUCUCGUGGUUCAAGCGUAGCAAGGCCGAGUUUCGCCCUACCUACAAUCACCAGCCGGACGGCAGUGCAUGCCGCAUCUACGGUACCUUGGCAGUGAAGAAGGUUACAGCCAACUUGCACGUCACUACCCUGGGACACGGGUACACGAGUCACAUGCACGUCGACCACACCAAGAUGAACCUCUCCCAUGUUAUCACCGAAUUCUCGUUUGGACCAUACUUCCCUGACAUCUCUCAGCCUCUGGACUACUCUUUUGAGGUCGCUAAAGAUCCAUACACUGCGUUCCAAUACUACAUGCACGUUGUCCCUACGAACUACAUUGCACCUCGCAGCAAGCCCCUGGAGACGAACCAAUACAGUGUAACGCACUACACUCACAUCUACAAGACUCCACACGAAGGCAUCCCUGGCAUUUUCUUCAAGUUCGACCUUGAUCCUAUGGUCCUCAGUAUUCAUCAGCGCACUACAAGCUUAACUGCGCUUAUCAUCAGGUGUGUUGGUGUCAUCGGUGGCGUCUUCACUUGCGCAACCUACUUCGUUCGCGCCUCCAUGCGUGCCGUCGACGUCGUCACCGGGGCUGACCAGGCCCAAGGCCUAGUUGCCGCCGAGUCGACAGGCGUCCGGCGCAAGUGGGCUGGCGGCCAUCUGCGCGCUCGCUCAGGUAUGGGUUCCCAGACGCUGUCUCAGCGUGUCGUGCGCCAAGGUACUGGCUGGGUUGUCGAAGGUCAGGGCAAUUCUCCGUAUGCGAGCUACGCGGGCACACCCGUUGCGGGUGUCGGCAGCGGAUACCCUGCCUCGCCGUACUCGCCAUACCUCGCGCCCGGAACGCCUGCGGGUCCGCCACCGGGCACUCCGGGUGGGCAGAGCAAUGUCGGCCUGGGCUUCGGUCCGCCGCCAAGGAGCGCGCACGGGACCAACGGGUCGUUCUCGAGUCUUGCUCCGCCCACGCCGGGGUCGAGGCCGCCGUCGAUGCUAAGGCCGUCGAGCACCGGGAGCGCGAGCUCGGGCCCAUCGAGUCCUGUGCCGCCGCCGUCUGCGGGUUGGGUACCUGGUAAAAAGGAUGAUUAGAACAUGGGUUAUAUGGCUAUGUUAUAGCUUUCUGGUGGCUUAGUUUAGUUAGCGUGUUCUGAAUGCGCCGGGAAAAGCUCUGGUUUUCAUAUCAUAUGUGUAUACAACGCUAUUUAACG